AUGGCGACUGCUAAAACUGUGAAGGAUGUCUCUCCUCACGAGUUCGUGAAGGCCUACUCCGCUCACCUGAAGCGCUCGGGCAAGAUGGAGCUUCCGGAGUGGACCGAUAUUGUGAAAACUGGUGUGCUAAAAGAACUUGCUCCUUAUGAUCCUGACUGGUACUACAUCAGGGCUGCUUCUAUGGCUAGGAAGAUAUAUUUGAGGGGAGGUAUUGGUGUUGGUGCCUUCCGUAGGAUUUAUGGUGGGAGCAAGAGGAAUGGAAGUCGUCCACCCCAUUUCGGCAAAAGCAGUGGUUCUGUUGCUCGCCACAUCCUUCAACAAUUGCAGACUAUGAACAUCAUUGACAUGGAUACAAGGGGUGGAAGAAAAAUCACAUCCAGUGGUCGCCGGGAUCUCGAUCAAGUUGCAGGAAGGAUUGUUGUUGUCGCACCUUGA